AUGGAACCCAAGAUCUGUGCAGUUAUUUUCCUGCUGUUGUUGAGUUUUCGAGCUGAAAGUGGACGUUUGUCUUAUGAUUUCUACCACCAAUCCUGCCCUCAGCUGUAUGGUAUUGUCCGAGCCGGGGUUGAGUCGGCCUCUGUGCUCGAUCCCACCACCCCGGCAGCCCUUCUCAGGCUCAUGUUUCAUGACUGCCAAGUUCAGGGUUGUGAUGGCUCCAUCCUUGUCGAUCCCGACGGACACACGGUCAAAUUCUCCGAAACCGCGUCGUCCAAGAAUUUCGGGAUCCGAAAGAGGGAGUUGAUAGAGGCCAUGAAAUCGACUGUGGAGGCCGUCUGCCCGCAAAAGGUGUCGUGUUCGGACAUCAUAGUAUUGGCCGCACGAGAAGCGGUUGCUUUAUCCGGAGGGCCUACAAUUGAUGUCCCCUUAGGCCGUAGGGAUUCUACGAACCCUCCCAAUCUCACCCUCGUCGAUACCUCACUUCCUUCGGCCGACACCGAUGUCGAUGCUAUGCUCCGAAUCUUCGCGGCAAAGGGAAUGUCUGUACAAGAAUCCGUUGCCAUUUUAGGGGCUCACACCCUGGGAACCACACACUGCGUAAACCUCAGGAGCCGUUUAUACGGGCGGCGGAAGGACAAUAAGGCUCGGAAUCCGGCAGCCGCAAAACCAGGAUUCUUAAACGCGCUGAGACUGCAGUGCCCCGUGGGGCCCAUGGCCGCGGCACUGGGAAUGGUCCAGAACGACAUCACCUCGGUGAUGUUCGACAACCAAUAUUUUGUGGGGUCGGCGAGUGGACUCGGCGUGCUCGAUAUUGACGCCCAGAUGCCUGUGGACACGCGGACGAGGCCGCACGUCGAGAAGUUCGCCGGCGACGGGGCUGCAUUUUUCAGGGCAUUUUCGUCGGCGUUUGUCAAGCUGUCACUGUCAGAUGUUCUCACGGGUGACCGAGGUGUGAUUAAGGGGAGUUGCACUACACUGUAUUGA